AUGGGCGAGGAGCUCGUCUACGACCUCUUCGGCGUCGUCUUCUUCGCCUUCUUCGCCGUCACCAUCGUCGCGUUCCGCAAGCCCUUGCCGAGCUACUGCGCGGCCUCAUUCGUCGUCUCCAGCGUGCUCAUGACGAGCGUCUUCAACCUCGGCUACAUGCUCCCGCACUUGGUCCGGUCGAUAUGCCGCCUCGAGCGGGCCCUCCGCGUCGUCAUCCCGCCGGGUACCGAUGAGCAGCAGCCAGGCAGGCACGCUGCGCUGUCGUCCAUGUCCAAGAGUCUAGUCAACAUGCGCGGGCUCCCCGGUCCUGCGUCACUGACCAUGCGGUCCACCGUAAUCAGCCCGCCCAUCGUGAACCCCGUUGCGGGUGGUGCUGGCGCGAUGGCUGCCGGCGCCAGGGAGGAGGCUGCGUCGCGCCUGUCGUCGAGCGGCGUGUCGGGAUGCCUGGCCAUCAUGCUGCUCGUGUGCGCGUGCAGCGCCCUGCUCGUGGCCGUGUCAGUCGGCAUGGUCCUCGAGGCGAACGUCAUUGAGCAGGAGCGCGAGCGGCAGAUCGCCCUGACGAGCAAAGAAGCCCGCGAGUUCAGCAGCCACGACAACGACAACAACAGCGCCGAGGCAGAAACAGCAGCAGCGGCACCGCUGCUCCCUCAAAGCCAUCGCCAACGGCAACAGCUCGUGUGCUGCUGCCAGGGCCAAGGUCCCUGCGGAAGGGGCGGCGUCCCACAGCAGCCGCCAUCGGCUGUCCUUCGCGCUGCGGUUUGGAUAAACAACUAUGUCGGCAUCGACGAGCUGCGUUACACGGGCGUGACAAAGAAAGCAUUAUUGUGCAAAGUAUCCCAAGCAAGACUGAUCUCAGGUGAUCCGCCAAGCCCGGCGAUGAGACACACCCGAGUACACACCACCACGGAGGCGGAGAUUCUGUCGGAGAUGAUGCCUACUAGCAAUCACGCGCAGUUGGCCACGCCAGUGACAUUCCGAGAAGCUCGGAGAGACGCUACUGCUGGCAACACAUCAGCCUGCAAGAGUCGUUUGUGGUCACCAUCGAACCCGCCACACGAGCAUCGCAAUGCAGACACAGGGGUCGGUUCAUCUGAAUUGGUCGAGCUAACUUCUUCGUACCUGCGUCGAGGGGCCUAUGCUUUCCAUGGGUGUCAAGGCACGACUCGUGCCUGGCACAUGACGCCAUCGAGUGCUGUUCAUGCAGACUCUCCAGGCUCGCCAUUGUGUUGGGAUCCCAAGGUGGAUCGAGCAUCGGACAUGCAGGGCUGCGGAAGUACCCGCCCACGAUGCCUUGGGGUGGGCCGAGGCUCCUCUUGUGUUGAGGUUUGCCCCUUGCCACAACUCCAUCCUGACACUCGCAAUUGGGAUCGUGAAUUCUUCCCGAACAUCCCGUCUGCUUUGCAACCUCCUAACAGAUCAACCACGUUGGGCAACAGCUUGUCCGAAAUUGCAUCUAAGAGAAAUGCGCACUCAAGCAGAACGCCCGCCACAGCUGUCAUAAUGACGGCCGCAUCGACUUCCUCCUGCCGAAAGAAGCUCACGAUGGUGUCCCCAGCUGCUUGA